AUGUCAGUUCAACAACUUUCUGAGAAUAAAGUUGAAGAGGCUGCAGAAAUGUUAGGUAUAUUUGUUGGAUCUGAAGCUGGCGGGGGAAGUCAUCUCAAUCCAAUGCUGGAAAUUUGCAAGAUUUUAAUAGAUCGUGGAUAUAAUAUAACAUUAGUAGCAAAUCCUGGGAAUUUUACGGCUACAUCUACUUUAUACCAUUCGAUUCCGCAAAUAAGUCUUUCAGAACCUAUUGACACUAAUUCAUCUCCAGAGUAUAGAGAAAUCUUUUUAACGAAUAUACUUAUAAAACCUGACUUAUUUUUUUGCGACUAUGUGACAAAUGAGGCUUGUUUUGAUCUAGCAUGGAAAUUAAAAAAGCCCGUUGUUGGAUUUGUCAGUUAUACUAUGUAUUUCACUGCAUCACCUCCCUUUAGAUCAGAUCCAAUAUUUGGUUGUCAUGUGAACAUGGAGAAUAGAUCAUUUUACGAUCGGUUUAGAUGCGCUGUAGUACAACCAUUGCGACUUAGAUGGUAUUUUCGAAAAAAUAUAAAUUAUCUCAAUGCUAGAAGAGCCAAAGUUGGUGUUAGCAAAAAUUGUGACUACAGAGGAACAAUAGCUGACACUUUAUUUUUAGUCGAUAAUUUCUUUGGAUUUGAG